UUUAGUGGUUCCAUUUGGCUGAUGGGUUUUAAUCCUACUUUCAUACGGUGCUAUUUUCCACAUCUACUCCACUCAAACUCGACAAUUCACAACAUUACCAAAUUAUUACCAUAUAGUCCUAUUUCAUUCUCAUUUCUCCCUCCAACAAACCCUCAUUCACCCGUCGGAGAGAAGAAUAAUCCACAUCAAUGGAGGAAAAACGGCGAGAAGCGGGUUCUCCAUCGCCGGCAGCGACAAUACCCGGCGGAUCAUCCAUGAAAUUAACUGAUUCUCCGGCCACUGAACCACCUCCGCGCCGGCGAGGUCAAAAGCGCAAAUCAACAAACUCAUCAUCCACCACCUCUUCGGCGCCUCCCAAACGACACGCUCGCGAAAAAGCAGCAGCAGCAGCCGCCGCCGCAUCUGGUAGUAUUUUUUCUAAUUUACCUCCAAUUCAUAAUGGUCCUUUAACUAGAGCUCGACAGCUGUCCGAUAGCAAUGCCGCCAUUUUUUCUGCUCUUAAUGCUAUUAAGAAUGAGGCUUCUAUGACGACGGUGAAUGAUUCUGCGGUUAUUGACAGAGAAGAGAGUGCUGUGAAUGAGGAAAUAAAGAAGUUUCAAGCAUUGAUUGAUGCGGAGUUUGAUUCGAUUCGGAAUCGUGAUGCGAGUGUUCAUGUUGUUCCUGUUGCUGCUGGUUGGUUUUCCUGGACAAACAUUCACUCAAUCGAGAAACAGACGCUGUGUUCCUUCUUCAAUGGGAAGGUCGAGAAUCGGACUCCUGAAAUCUACAAGGAGAUACGGAAUUGGAUUAUGAAGAAGUUUCAUGCCAAUCCAAGCACAAACAUUGAAUUAAAAGAUCUGUCAGAGCUGUCUGUUGGGGAUCCAGAUGCAAGACAAGAAAUUAUGGAGUUUCUAGAUCACUGGGGUUUGAUUAACUAUCAUCCUCUUCCUCAGAGUGACCCUGCUAAAGACAAUGCUGAUCCAAAUACAGAUGCUGAGAUGGCAGAAAAUACAGAUUCAUUACUCGAAAAGUUGUAUCGGUUUGAAAAUGAGCAAUCCUCUCUACAAUUAGUUCCAAGAGCCAAAAUGUCGACAGCAACAGUUCCUUCUGGUCUUUUUCCUGAAUCUAUUGCUGAAGAGUUGGUAAAACAAGAGGGACCGGCAGUUGAAUAUCAUUGCAAUUCCUGUUCUGCUGACUGUUCUCGCAAGCGCUACCAUUGCCAGAAGCAGGCAGAUUUUGAUUUGUGUACUGAGUGCUAUAACAAUGGGAAAUUUGGAUCGGGCAUGUGCCCCUCAGAUUUCAUUCUCAUGGAGCCUGCUGAGGCUUCUGGUACAACAGGUGGGAAAUGGACUGACCAGGAGACUCUCCUCCUCCUAGAAGCAUUGGAACUUUUUAAAGAGAACUGGAAUGAAAUAGCAGAGCACGUUGCCACAAAAACUAAAGCUCAAUGUAUAUUGCAUUUUCUUCAAAUGCCAAUUGAGGAUAGUUUUCUAGAUUAUGAUGAUAAAAUAAAUGGUGUUCAAGAGAAUGGAGAACCAACCUCAAACAUUGAAUCACCUGUUCCCAAUGAUAUUUCAGAACCCUCAGAAGGGAAAGCAAGUAAAGAUAAUUCCGGAGCAGCAGAGGGUGUAAGUGGUAAUGAUGACUCUGAACCAUCAGCAGGCAAAAUUAACAAAGACAAGCCAGAGUUGGAGAUGAAAACUGAUGCUAAUGCAGCCCAAGCUGUCUCAGUGGAAGCUGAAACUUUAAAUUUUGAGGAAGCUCCGGAUGGAAAUGUGGUUCAUGAUAAAGGUGAUGACAUAGUCAUCAAGGCACUCAAGGAGGCAUUUCAUAUUGCUGGCUGCCCACUUACUCCAGAGGACAAACUUUCGUUUGCUGAAGCAGGGAAUUCUGUAAUGACUUUGGCUGCUUUCCUAUCUCAAUUGGUUGAGCCGGGUCUUGCUACUGCAUCGGCACAUGAUUCACUGAAGACGAUGUCCCAUAGUUCUCCAGGGUUGCAACUAGCUGAAAGGCACUGCUUUGUUCUGGAGGAUCCACCAGAUGUUGAGAAAGAACUUAUUGCCUCAGAAAGUAUGACUACUGAAAAUAUUGACCAGAAUGCUUCGGAGAUGGCGAAAGAGAAUUUGAAAAAUGACAAAACAAGCAUCCGAAAUGAGGCCAAGGACAACCCGUUAUCUGUUGAAAAGCAUUCAACAGAGAGCCAAAUUGAUAAGAAGAAAGCUUCUAAAUCAAUCAAUGAUCCAACAUUGCCUCCUAGAGAGCUGGAUGCAUGUGCAGACAAUUCUAGAUUACCAGAGAAGCCUGUUGAAGAGACAUUAUUACAAGUCACAGAAAAGCCAGACAAAGAGUCAACGCAAAUCACAGAAAAACCAGAUGAAAAAAUCCCUAAGGUCUCAGAAAAGACUGAUAUAGAAACCCAACUCAAGGGAAAACCUGAUAAAGAGACACCCCAAGUCACAGAAAAAUCUGAAGAGAAGUCUCAAGUAACAGAGAAGUCUGAUGAAGAGAAAUCAGAAGUAGCAGAAAAGCCUGAUGCUGUUAGUAAGGUUGAGCACGCUGACACAAAGCUAGUUGAUGAGCUAAAGAGUAGUGACGUGCAGAAUGAGCAAUUGGAUACUACGAAGGAGCAAGUUUCUUCUGCAACUGAAGUUAGACCUCCUUCAGUAUGUGAACCAGAGAACUUAAAAACUACAACAGAAAGUGUGCAGUGCACGGAUUCCCAGAAAGAUAAAGAUAUGGUGCUCAGUUCUGUUGUUUCUGACAAAACUGGGCAACGAGAUGUGCCAGCUGCAGUUCCCAUGGAUGCAUUUGUGGCAGAUGCAGGAGAAGAUAAAAUGGAAGUUGAUAAAUCUGAGGAUACAAAAUCUAUGAAAAAAAUACGGACAAAGGAGGAAGACAAUGUAGCUAAGCUAAAGCGCGCAGCUUUGGCUACACUCUCUGCUGCCGCUGUGAAGGCCAAGCUUCUGGCUAACCAAGAAGAAGGCGAAAUCAGGCAGCUCGCCAUUGUAAUGAUCGAGAAGCAGAUGCGAAAGUUGGAGAUCAAGUUAAGUUAUUUCACAGAAAUGGAGAGUGCUAUUAUGCGGGUUAGAGAGCAUCUGGAACGAUCAAGGCAAAAGCUCUUUAGUGAACGGGCUCAAAUCAUUGCAAGCCGACUUGGAACACUACCUCCAUCUAGGAUGUUGCCAUCAUCAUACCCAAUGAACAAGAUGCCUCCAGGCUUUGUAAAUUCAAUGAUGAGGCCACCAUUGAGCAUGGGUGCUCAAAGGCCUUUCAUCUCAAGGCCUGUUGCGACGUCUGCACCUCCUACUAUGAACACAUCUGCCCCACCUGAGAAGACAGGGCCAGAAGGAAAGCCAACAUAACCAUAUGAUAUGGAAAAACCUUCAGUUGGGACCAACUGGAACACUUGUAAAGUUCUGGACUUUAUGUGAAGUAAAUUCAUCUUCAUGUCGUGUUCAAGUAAAGUAGAUCCCCCAGCCCAUGGCGGCUUAGAGGUGCGUACCUUGUAAAAUAGGAAGUUUUCAAUUAAAUUUGUGUUUAUCCCUGUUGUAAUAGUCUAUGAAAUGGAGGUUUGCUGAAGGUUAGGAAUAGUCCUUAAGGCAUAGGUGUUGAGAUAAGUAAAAAUGCAAAUAGCAUAAAAAAAAAUUUCUGGUUAUUGUUGCUGAAAACUUCAACGUGAAAGGCAUUCUUUUAUGGAAAAGCACAUCAGUGAUUGGCCAUUCA